AUGCACGGCUCCGGCAGCUUGCGGACCUGCGCGGCCAGCGCGGAGCGCGCCGUGAGCAGGCUCCGCGCCCAGCAGCAGGGCGUCUGUCGACCUCUCGUGAUGCGCGCGAAGAGGCGCGCUCAGGCGCGGAGGGCGCCGCGGGCGGCGCAGGCCGUUUCGGCCCCUCCAGACAAGAGCGGUUCUCCUCGUGCGGGCGGCAGCAAGAUGCCCCGAGCGGACGAGGUCGACGUUGAGCACGUUCUCUCGCACUUUGGGCCGGAGACGGAGCGCGAUGAGUCCGGGAGGCUGCUCCUGCGCGCGCUCAGCUGGGACGAGCUGGGGCGCCUGCUCGGGCUGCUCGGCGUGGGGGCGCACAGGCAGGCGCACAUUUGGCGGUGGAUCCACAAGUACAACAUCCAGGUGCUCGAGGAGGCGCGCGGCACGGCCCACGCCAUCGGCAAGGACCUCAGGAGCCUGUUGCUGAGGGUGGCGACGCUCGACACCGGGAUGGUGGUGCACACGGUGCACCGUGCGUCGGACGGGACGCGCAAGAUGGUGCUGAUGGCGACGGAGGGCCCGAACCGCGGGCGCACGGCCGAGGCGGUGGUCAUUCCGAUGGACCAGGGCCCGGACAAGAAGCCGCGCUACACGCUGUGCGUCUCGAGCCAGGUGGGGUGCGCGAUGGGGUGCGAGUUCUGCCACACGGGCAAGAUGGGCCUCCUGGGCAACCUGCGCGCCGCGGAGAUCCUCGAGCAGCUCUCCAAGGCGCGGCGGCUCCUGCAGGACGAGGGCGACUCCGUGCCCAUCCGCAACAUCGUGUACAUGGGCAUGGGCGAGCCGUUCCACAACAUGGAGGCCGUGCUGCGCUCCCUGGACGUGAUCACGGCGCGCCCGGGCGACGGCGCGGGCAUCUCGGCGCGCUCGAUCACGGUGUCGACCGUGGGGCUGGUGCCGGAGAUCCGACGGUUCCACCACGAGGCCGCGCCGACGCAGCUCGCGGUGUCGCUGCACGCGCCGAACGACGAGCUGCGGUCGCGCAUCGUGCCGGUGAACCGCCGGUACGACUUGGCGGAGCUGAUGGGCACGCUGCGGGAGCUGUACCCGCUCGGGGCCGACGCGAGGGGGGGGUCGCGGGCGUGGCGGGAGGCGCGGGAGCGGGCGGGCGGGGGCAAGCCGCGGUUCGUGAUCUUCGAGUACACGAUGCUCGCGGGCGUGAACGACUCGGUGGAGUGCGCGCAGCAGCUGGUGGAGCUGGUCCGGGGGGUGUUUUGCAUGGUCAACUUGAUCUCGUUCAACACGCACGAGGGGGCGCAGUUCCAGGGGUCGUCUCCCGAGGCGAUGGCGGCGUUCCGGGCCGUGCUCCGGGACGCGGGCCUGGUGUGCACGAUCCGGGAGAGCCGCGGGGACGACGAAAUGGCGGCGUGUGGACAGCUGGGCGACCUGGCCAUGGCUGGCGCAGCUAAGAAGCAGUAG